UUAGUUUCCUCAAGUUUUGCUUAACAAAAAUAAACCUUUUCGCUUGAAGAUAGUUCUUAGGAAUUUAAUAAAUUGAAUGCCUCCAGCACUCAAGUUCGUAAAUAAAUUAACAUUUGAAAAAUACUCGUGUCACUUUUGCUCAGUAGCUAUAAGAAACCAAUACAUGAAAAAGUAAUAUGCGCCUAUUCAAGCCUACCGAAAAGAAGUUUACAGUUAUCGCGAGACCCUCAUGUAGAGUGUGUUUAAAAUGCAUUUCUGGUUCAGAAUUUAGAGUCUGAUAAAAGGAAAGAGGGAGCGGCCAGUUAACACUUACUAGAAAAAAACUUUGAAUAGCCCUCUACAUGUACAGUUAUACCCUGACGUUAUUUUGUUCCAGUCCUAUGUGUAUUGUCAGUUUAAUUGUUAUUACUGCCAUCUAUCUUACACACACAAACGGACUCACUGUGUUAUAUUUACGCUCUCUACUUGGCACUUGGUACCCAGUCACAUCGUCACAGUCAACACAUUUGGACAGGCUCUCGCUUGAGAUACGUAUAAAUCCGCACGCGAAAGUGAGAAAUUUUUGCGCCCAGCAGCGGAAACGCCGUGCGAUUGACGCUCGAAGAUUAACAGUGCCUUCACCCACACAUCUUACAAGAUCAAGAGUUGAGCGUUGAAAUUGACGGUUUUCCGCACGUUAUACACAUGUUUUUACCGCCGAAAAGUGUUGCUACUUUGAACGUAUUUUGAUCUAGUCGCUUCUCGCAAACAGAAACUAAAUCAACCCAUACACUGGCGAGUGAUUGUUGUGAAAACCACUGCUAAAUAUUAUCUUGUUUUUCCGUUGGUUCAAUUUUAUAGCGAAUAACUCAGAGUUUCACUCAAUCAAGAAUAAAGUGUCUAAAAGUUAUCAGAUACUCGAGUCAAAAUGUUACUAGGACAACGAAUAGAGGCGUCCACCGAAGUUACUUCAGAUAAGUGUGCUUUCACGUGGACAAUCAAGAACUAUCGCUUAAUAAAAUUUAAAGUUGGAGAAGUACUAGAAUCUCCAAAAUUUAGCAUUGGAAGUGAUAAUAAGAAAUACUUCAAUCUCGAAUUAUACCCUGCAGGCAAUAGUGAGAAAGAUGCAGGAUUCAUUUCCUUAUUUCUUACACCUGUAAUUGAUAUAGAGAACGAACCGGAUAAGCUCGUAUGUAAAUGGACAGUAUCACUUGUUAAAGAUAAAAAAGUAAUUGAAAAAUUUACGGGGCAUUACGAUUUUGCGGACGAUGAUUUUAACAGCCGUGGUUGGCCAAAAUUUUAUAAAGUGACAAAAAUCGAUGAAUUGAUUUCCUCCGAUAAUACUCUAACUAUUCAAUGCGAGUUAGAAAUUCUUGAUGAAAUUCAAACUGUAUUGAAUUCAGAUAUCGUAUGCAGUAAAGAUGAAACUGUUUAUACAAUAAAAUUUGAUUUUUCAUUUCUUAGUGAAAAACUCAGUGAUGUUAAGUUGAUAGUCGAAGAAAAGGAAAUCCCAGCGCACAAAAUUGUACUGUCAGCGUUUAGCCCAGUAUUUAGGACUAAGUUUAUAUGUGAUGUGUUGGAAAACGAAGAAAAUUUUGUGAAGAUAACAGACACAACUGCAAACGUUGUAACUGAAAUGUUGCAAUUUAUCUACACCGGACAGAUUAAUGCAAUUGACACAUAUAUGCUUAUUGAAUUAUUAGGUGUGGCUGACAAGUAUCAAAUUGACGGCUUGAAAGUCAAGUGUGGUAAAAUAUUAUAUGCUAACUUGUCUUCUGAAAAUGCAGUUGAAAUUCUACUAGCUUCUCAUAAGUACAAAGUAGAGCAUUUGGAAGAUGAAGCAAUAAAGUUCAUGACAAAUCACACCCAAUUACUCUCCAAUUCUAAUAAGAUGAAGAAAAUAGAUGAUCCGGAUAUAUGGAUGAAUUUAACCCAAUCAAUAUUAAAAUCUCGAAAAAAUGUAUCGUGUCUAGUUUGUCAUCCAGAAAAACAUAGCUAAAUUAUUAAAUAAUUGUGACUUAAAAUCAGCAUAUCUGCAGGAAGAGCUUGGCAAGUUGGACAAUACUAAUUCUUUAUGUUUCAUUAUUGAAUGUAUCUAGUUUUUUGCAUAAAGAAGCAUUUGAUAAAAAACUUUUUGUAAAUGUAGCACUGUAAGCAUAAAAUCUCAUGUAGAACAGAAUCUGUAAAAUUUUUAAGUUUCAAUGUAAAUAAAGUGCGUACAUUUUUAAAUAA